AUGCAGCCCGCUCUCGGCGCCCUCGGGCACACAUGGACUGCCAUGCGAGCCAUGGAGUGCAUCUCUUUCAUCACCAUCAUCGGUCUCACUUCCAACUUCAUCUCUGAGAUGGUUGGCGCCGACUAUGCUGCCCCGUCGGCACUGAUUGGCACACUGGUUGUUGCCUGCAUCUCUACCCUCUAUAUCGCCAUCUCUUACAUCCUUUACUGGGACGGCAUGCUCCCUCUCCUCCUCGCUACAGGCGCCGAUCUGUGCCUCCUCAUCGCCUGCAUCGUCGUGGCCUGCACAGUCGGCAAGCCCGUCAGCUACCUCUCAUGCCCCAAGUUCCCUUCGGAUGGCAACACGGCCAACUUUAUCAACUCGCUGUUCCACAACGUCUACCACUCCCAGGCCAACACCUUCCGCUGGGUAGACGCCGACAAGGCCUCGUGCUAUCAAAUCAAGUCCAUCUGGGGCCUUAGCAUCGCUCUGUGCGUGCUCUUUGCUUUCUCCGCCAUCACCUCUGGAUGCCUGUGGAAGCGAACCAAGGGCGCUUCCCGUCCCGCUCCCAAGGACAUUGAAGGCUGA